AUGGGAGCGCGGGGGCUGUGCAUGAUCGCCCUAUUCGGGCUCGCCUUGGCUCAGGGUCCCGAGAAACGGCGCACUGGAAAUGUCUGCCACGUGGACAUGGAGUGCCCAGACAACGCCUUCUGCAGGCAGAGCAGCUAUUGCGUGUGCAAAGACGGCUUCGUGUACGCGGCCGUUAACAGCACUCACAAAGGCUGCUUGAAGGAGGCACGAAUUGGGGAGGAGUGCGUGCAGCAUAUUCAGUGCCACUCGACGAUGGGGGUGCAUUCGGAAUGCGCGGCUGGCGUGUGCGCCUGCGCGUCUAACGCACACCUGGAAGAUGACCGAUGCUACGAAAGCGCUGUGAUUGGUGACCGAUGCGUGGUGGACCAGAACUGCUACCUGGGCGAGCAGACUUCAGAGAGGCAGGCUUUCUGCGUCAGGGGUUACUGCACUUGCCAACUGCAGUUUAGCCCACGAGACAACGGGACUAGGUGCGUCCGUGACGCGGCGCUCGGCGAGGCCUGCGAAGACGAGCUGCAGUGCGCCGGCGCCGGUCUGCAGUGCCGCGGCACGUGCCGCUGCCGCGACUCCUGGGUGGCGCACGUGGAGACCAACUCCUGCGUGGAAUCCGUGAAAGGGCUUAACGAGCCCUGCGAGUACGACGUGCAAUGCGACGCGCUGUCGGGAACCGCUGACGCUAGGUCCCCCGGCGCCACUCUGUGCCUGGGCGGGACUUGCGCGUGCGCGUACAGCGCCCGCGCCGCCGGCAACCCGCCGAGGUGCUGGCACCGCCGCCGCCCUGGCCAGGAAUGCAGGCGGGACGAGGAAUGCGUAUCGGAGGAAGAUGAGCCGGGAUACUGUCUAUCCGGUCGCUGCACUUGCAAAACCUGCUCGCCCGACGCAAAGGACUUUGGUAGCGGCGCGGGAAAUCUGCGGCCGCCAUUGCUCGCGUCCGUCGUGCUAUAUGCCGCCAUCUUGAGGCAC